GUUAAGAGAGAGAGAGAAAGGUGGAGAUUUUUUAGAGAGAAAAUGGCGAGUGAAGCGGCUGUGGUGGAGGCGACGGCGGCGGGGGCAGAGGAGGUGGCGAAGCAGCCGCACAAGUUGGAGAGGAAGUGGACUUUUUGGUUCGACAACCAGUCGAAGGCCAAACAAGGAGCUGGGGCUUGGGGCAGUGGGCUUCGCAAGGCAUAUACCUUUGACACCGUCGAAGAAUUCUGGUGUUUAUAUGAUCAGAUAUUUAGGCCCAGCAAGUUUCCUGCAAAUGCAGAUUUUCAUUUGUUCAAAGGUGGGAUUGAGCCCAAAUGGGAAGAUCCCGAGUGUGCUAAUGGAGGCAAGUGGACUGUUACAAGUAACAAGAAGCCUGAUCUUGACAAUAUGUGGCUUGAAACUUUGAUGGCUUUGAUUGGGGAGCAGUUUGAUGAGGCUGAUGAGAUAUGUGGUGUGGUUGCUAGUGUGCGUCAAAGGCAGGAUAAACUUGCAUUGUGGACGAAGACGGCAAGCAACGAGGCUGCUCAGAUGAGUAUUGGAAGGAAGUGGAAGGAAAUUAUUGAUGUCGCUGAUAAGAUCUCCUACAACUUUCAUGAUGAUGCUAAAAAGGAAAGAUCAGCAAAAGGUCGAUACAACGUGUGAACAAUCCUUCGAGGUGUUUCUGGAGUUUUGUCUACCCUUCCGGUUGAAGUGAACCAGUAUUAAAGAACCCGAAAUUGAUGCAAUG